AUGUCCUCAAUGUUCGCUCCAGGUGCUCCAGUUCCCCAAGCUCCUAAAUCCAAGUUUCAACAGUUCAAGGAAUCGCCACUAUAUACCAUUGUUUUGAACGGUUCCCUGUUCAUUGCCGGUGUAGCAUUCAUUCAAUCUCCAUUGAUGGAAAUGAUGGCUCCUCAAUUAUGA